CGACACGCGAUGGAGUUCGACGCGCCAACGUUUGCCACGUCUGUGCUAUCGCACGACCUGUCCAAGCCGAUCGUGGCCACCGCCGCGCUGGCUCCAGGCCAGGUCAUCUUUGCCGAAGUCGCGUCGAUCGUAUCGGCCGGCGGCUACAGCGACGAUGAAUCGCACGAGCCCGAUUGCGACGACGACGAUUGCGGCGGGUGCUGCGAGGUCGAUAACGAGCACGACGGCACCCAACUGGAUGCCGACGACUUAGCAGCCGUGAGCCCGUAUGUGGCCGAGCAUUACGACGCUCUCGGGGCUACGUGUGACUCUCUCGCUGCGUUGACCAGCGUAGACAAGCGGAAAACGCUAUUCAAGCUCUUGCACAUGGCAGCCAACGACGUGUCGUCGCCACUUAUCACGUCCUUGCUCGCACUGGACGUGAGUGCCAACCACCAUUUGUCGGCGAGCAUGGAUGCGGCCAAGGCACUGCGUGCCAGCCACGCCGGCCUCAUCCCUUCCGUGCUGUCGGACGAUCAAGUCGCCCACGUCAUCGCGGUUCUGAACAAGCACAGCAUUCCGCUGGAGGAAGUCGAUGCCGUCGGUUUGUUUGUGGUCGUGCCAAAACUCAAACACAGUUGCGAGCCGAACGCAGCAUACACGGACUCGGGCGACGCCAUCUAUGUCACAGCGAUCCGCCCGAUCGCGGUGGGCGACGCCAUCACGGUCGACUUUUUCGACUCGUUCUACAUGACAGUGGCCGACCGCGCCCAAGUCUUUCAAGAAGAAGGCGAACCUCCGUGUGGGUGCAGCGUAUGCAAUGGCACCGCUCCGGACAAGUCGCGGUCGUUCCGGUGCCAAGUCGCCGGCUGCGACGGCAUCGUUCACCCGACCAACGCUGUGUUUGAGUGCACCAAGUGCCAUGCAACUUGGACCGACGCGACGAUCGCGGCCGCCGAGGCCGAAGAGAAGGCGCUCACGUCCGACCUGGACAACACCGAGAACUUUGGCCAACUCGACGCGAUCUUGAAAUCGUCCAAGCUGCACUUGUACCACCACAUCUUUUACACGGUCAUGCAAGUCUUGUCGGAAGAAAACGUGGUCGACAUCUCGGACGACGUCGCGCUCUCGAUACUGACGCGACAAAUCGACGCCCUCAACUACGUCGUGCCGUUUGCGCAUUCGGAAAAGGUGUCGCUGUACGAUUCGAUUGCGCAGGCGCACAUUGCGCUCGGCGACAUUGCCAAGGCAGCCGACGCGUACGCAUGUGCGCUUGCCGUGUGCCACGUCGUGUUUGGCAGCGACAGCAAAACGACUCAACUCUUUGCCACCCUCGCCAGCAACACCCCCAAGUCCGUGGACGAGAUCCCCGCCGCGUACGGCCUCGAAUGGAUCGAUGACCCACACGAUUUCGCGUAACGACAUAACUUAGCUCCCAUAUUUCUUCCGCACA